UUGUAAUGAUUUAACCCGGUUAAAGGUCUCUUGGAGAUCCUUUCGAAACCUUUACGACCUGGCUGUGUCGCUUGUGACGAUUUCUUACGGGAUUUUAAUAAAGGUGCCAUUUUGACAUUUAAUAACCUCAAAAAGUAUGUUAAAUAAUUUAGUUUGCAUACAAAUUUCUAACAGCGGCAGUCUUUACGACAGCUUUUUAGUUGGCUCCAGCAGCUGUAGGAGAUGCUCCCUCGAAAAUCAUUCAGAAACAAAAACGGUUAUUUUCCUGGACGGGGUUUUCACACACUACCUCCUCAAAGAACUACACCAUGCACCUUUUUACAGGCAACAGUUUACAAGCCACCAUCAUGGGACGUAUUUACAAAUCGUACUUGUACCGGCCGCAAGAGAGAUCGUCGAUUACAAGUGGAAUCACAGGCUGGAGUACCUAGUUCGCGAACGUUGCGAGCUCGAUCACACGUUAUCGUGGUUGUCGACGUUGGGCGGCGCGUUCUCUGCCCUAGGUGACUACUUUGCGAGCUGCGCGACGAUGGCUGGUAAAAUUUCGUUGAAUCAAAUGAAGCUCGCGUUACGGCUCGACGAUCCAAGUAUCGUGGCCAGGUGUAAAUUGUACCUGAGCUUAAGUCUAAUUCAGCGUGGCCAAUUUAGGUUGGCCAAGAAAAUCAUAUAUAAUGUGUAUGUAAAUGCGAAGGGGCACUUUGUGCUCGAUACUCGAUUAAUUAAUAUGUGCAAGGGAGUGUGGUGUAAGUUGCAGUACGAAAGCGAAAUAUAUACUAGGAAAAUUUGA